AUGAAGAUUUACAUAGCCUUUGAGGGGGCGUUUGAAGCGUUUGACGUUUCGACAGAUGAAACGGUGGCUGCCGUGAAGCUGAUGAUAAAGGACCGCUUCCACUUUCCUCUCUCUGAAGACAAGCGGGGCAGACAGUGCCUGGAGCUCACGCACGCAGGAGCAACUCUGCAGGACAGCUGGAGUCUUGCAGAUGUGGGAAUCUCUCCCUGUUCAACUCUCAAGUGCUCUACCAAGGAGGAAGAUCAGCUUGUGUUCUCCGUGUACAACACGGUCACCAGAGAGAGGAUGGCCAUAGUGGGGACCGCGGCCCUUGUGGACGACAAAGUGGCACAUCUGAGGACACUGGUGGCACUGAGGUGUGGGCUUCCCGUGGGUGUCUUCUGCCUCCGGACGCCGGCCGGCCUGGAGCUGUACGACUGCAACUGCCUCAGGGACUACGGCCUGGCCCCGGGCACGACCCUUCGUCUGGACGUGUGGGACGGAUGGAAGGAGUUUCUGAGGGGCUGUGUCCUGGGCCAGACGCUGAAGGCGCAGCGCUACUUGUUCACCGAGGGCCCUGUGCUCAGGUACCAGAAGCGGGUGGCCCUGUACGUUGCCGCCUUCCACGGCCACGUGGAGCUGACCGAGUGGUGCCUGGCGCAGGGGGCGCGGCCCCACGAGGCGGUGGGCGCGCACCCCUACCGCGAGUGGUGCCAGGACGCGCUGCACGCCGACGUGUCCAAGUGCCCAGUGCACGCUGCGGCUGAGGCGGGCCAGCUGCUGAUCCUCAGGGCCUUCGUCCGCUGCUCCCCGCUGGCCCUGCAGUGCCGCACGGCGGCUGGCCGCACCCCGCUGGCCCUGGCCUGCGCGCACGGCCACCUGCGCUGUGCGCGCUUCCUGCUACGGACGCUGGCGUCCACCGUGUCCUUCCCGCGGGUGGCGCUGCCCAUGCGGCUCUACAUCCAGGUCAAACGCUGGCUCUGCCGGGCCCAGAGCCGCAGCCGCGGGCAGCUCCGCCGGGCCCGGCUGCGGGGGGCUCGGGUGGGCGCGACGGUGCUGGUGGACGGCUUCGCCGCGUGCGCGAUGACCUCGAGGAGCUGGCGGGCGGCGGCGGGCGAGGCCCGAGCGACCCCCGGGGUGCGGCUCCCGCCUCUCGGGGCGCACCCCGGGGCGGGCGGCCAGAGGCACCCACGGGCCGGGCUCCUGCCGCUGCCCGCCCCGGCCGCCGCCAGCCCGGACGCGCGGGGAAAGCAGACGCGCCUGGCGCACGCCGCCCCGCAGUCAGGGCCACUCCCGGCCGUGCCCGCGGCUCGCUGCCCGCACCCGUCCUGCUCCUCGGCGGCCCCCGACGGCCCCUGCGCGCACCGCCGGAGGACACCGCGCGACAACGCCCGGCGCUGCCUGGAGCUGGCGAGCUCCUUUAAGGAGAAGAGCUGGUUCCAGCAGCUGGAAAUCGCAAGGGUCCUCGCCAAAAGGAGCAUUUCUAACUCCACCGCCCGAGGAGAAGGCCUGACCACGCGCAAGAACCCCCUGGAAAUCAUGCUUUGA